GGCCACCUGUUGCCAUGGUGACUUUACUCUGACAGUGGCUGAGGCGCCUUGUUAGUAUCCUGCAAAACUAAAGGAACAGUGCCAGAUAUUUUUACAUGAGUGGGGUCUGUCCAAACCGAGCACCACCUGGCUGUAUUCUCCACAUCUCUAACUGUGUCCCGAAGAAAAUGGUAGUAGCCGUUGGAAGUGGUUAGCAGAAGCUAACCGUGGAGCUGCCAGGCUGUUUGCUACUGACACCUGUGGACUCUUAAAGGGACCUUCCUCCUGACAUUUUCUGUCAACAAUAUUUCUAAAAAGACGAAAUAGGAGCAUGGUGUACAGUGGAAUUGACCGGAGAAGAUAAAGCGGAGAGUUUCGGUGUGGCCUGCAGCUUUGUGGCCCUGGUGUCCUCUCUGCUGUUGAAAACAUGACCUGGUUUACUCUGCCUGCUGACAAACUGCUCUGCACAUGUCUCAGCAUCUCCAUCGCUGCCUGGAUGGCUCUUAUGUUUGUCUUUAUCGUUGUGCCCGCUGUGCUCCGAGUCUCUUUUGGUAUCCGCAGCUUCUACAUGAGGACACUUAUCAAAAUAUUUGAGUGGGCCUCAUUGCGAAUGGAGUUAAGAGCAAAGGAGAAGAACCAGCCACUCUACAAGCCAUAUACAGAUGGCAUCAUAUCCAAAGAGCCAACACUGUCUUUACAUCAGGAGAUCCAGGAGCUUCGGGGUCUGUCCAGCUGUCAGUGUUCAGAGUCCGAGUUCGAGAUGGCUGACAUCUUCUACUUCUGCCGGAGAGGUGUGGAGAGCAUAAUCGACGAUGAGGUGACAAAGCGUUUUUCGGCCCAGGAGCUAGAGAGUUGGAACUUACUAACUCGGAGCAACUACAACUUCCGUCACAUAAGUCUGAGACUCACAGUCCUGUGGGGCCUGGGGCUUCUCAUCCGUUACGGCGUGCUGCUGCCUCUCAGGAUAACCAUUGCAGUCACAGGCAUUUCUCUGUUCGUCUCUCUGAGCACCUUGGUGGGAUUUUUACCUUACCCAGAGUUAAGGUCUUACCUCAGUGAGAAGUUGCAUCUGAUGGGCUACCACUUCUGUGUCAUAUCACUCACAGCAAUCGUCACCUACCAUAACAGAGAGAACAAGCCAAAGAAUGAUGGCAUCUGUGUGGCCAAUCACACUACUCCAAUUGAUGUGAUCAUUUUGGCCAGCGAUGGCUGCUAUGCUUUGGUUGGCCAGGUGCAUGGAGGCUUACUGGGAAUGAUCCAAGCAGCCAUGGUCAAAUCUUCUCCCCACAUAUGGUUUGAAAGAGCCGAAGUCAAAGACAGACACCUAGUGGUCAAAAGGCUUAGUGAUCAUGUAGCUGACAGAACCAAACAGCCAAUCCUCAUCUUCCCUGAGGGCACGUGCGUUAACAACACAUCAGUGAUGAUGUUCAAGAAGGGGAGCUUUGAAAUUGGCUGCACCGUCUAUCCUGUUGCCAUCAAGUACGAUCCCCGGUUUGGAGACCCUUUUUGGAACAGCAGUAAGUUUGGCUUGGUCGGUUAUCUUCUGAGGGUGAUGAGCAGCUGGGCCAUCGUCUGCAGUAUUUGGUACCUACCACCGAUGAUCAGAGAGGAAGGUGAAGAUGCGAUACAGUUUGCCAACAGAGUGAAAGCCGCCAUAGCUGCCCAAGGAGGAUUAGUAGAUCUUGUAUGGGAUGCCGGAUUAAAACGUGCCAAAGUGAAGGAUACUUUUAAAGAGGAGCAGCAGAAACUUUACAGCAAAGUUCUUGUGGGGGACCACAAGGACUAAUGUGAAAAUAAAUGUUUAGAAGCUAAUGGUCCGGGGGAGGAUGAAGACAAUCAAGAUUCAGCAAAUACACAACGGGGAUGCUGUGAACCUACAGUGUGUCUUAUCAUCGGAGACUUUCAUCUUGUAGAGAAAUAUUUUCUAAAGUCUUAAAAUGAGUGACAAGUGUCAUUUUUAUGUGUCUGAGACAUAAAAGUAUGUUAUUCAUUUGUAUGUUGUGGGAACUGUUGCAUUUCAAAGUCCAAAUGCAGAACAGGUAUAAUAAAUACCUACAUAGAUAAUAAAUCAGACUACAUUAACAUUAGUGUUAAAAAAAUAUC